UAGGUCUGUCGCUCUCCUGUGCUCUUGUUGCAUGGUUGUAGCUCUGCGGCUACGAUAAAAAUAUUGAAUCUAGGUGCUGUAAAGCUCCAUUUUUUGUGUAUAACCUAAUACUGAAUAUUAACAAUGGCUCUUGAGUCACGGAUCACACAGGAGGAAAUCAAGAAAGAACCAGAGAAACCGAUUGACCGAGAAAAGACCUGCCCUCUCCUGCUGCGAGUGUUCACCACCAACAGUGGGCGACACCACAGGGUAGAUGAGUUUGCCAGGGGCAAUGUUCCCUCCAGUGAACUACAGAUAUACACAUGGAUGGAUGCUACUCUGAAAGAGCUGACAAGCUUGGUGAAGGAAGUGUAUCCAGAGGCCAGGAAAAAAGGCACACACUUCAGUUUUGCCAUUGUCUACCCAGACCCCAGGGGCAAAGUGUACAGGUUGAAAGAUAUUGGCAGCACUAUAUCUGGCAGGAAAGGUGCAGAUGAUUCCAUGACUCUUCAGUCUCAGCGGUUCCAGAUUGGAGACUAUCUGGAUAUAGCCAUAACACCACCCAACAGAGCCCCGCCUCUAAGCACACGCAUGAGGCCCUUCUGAGCAUACACCAACUCACAACAUACAUUCACACAUGAACCAGAUCACCUAAGUUUGCAAUUUGUUUUCUUCAUCUUGGAAUUUUUUCCCCUCAUUUUAUAAAAUGUGAUGUUUAAUAAAGCUGUCAUUUUUUUCCAAUGUG